AUGGUGUGGAUAUGGGCCGAUGCCGAUGCACACGAGUUGGCAGAAACCGUGCCUCUUCCGAUCUCUCCGUUGCUACAACAAUUCUUGAAGGAUUAUCCAGAUUCUGGUUACAUGAGAGACUUGCCAUAUGGCAUGGAACUCUUGGGCGAAAACCUGGCGGAUUUAAGUCAUUUGCCGUUUUCCCAUCAUUCCGUGGCUGGAUUUGAUCGAAAUGAUGCCAAACCGCUGAAUCUCAAAUUGUGGUCCGAGGAAGAACGCACCAAAGCUGCCAAAAAAGAAGUAAAGGCUGUUCAAGAGGCUUCCAAGGGCUCCUUGUCCCAACCAAUUGUAGUACCCAGGUUCCAGACCAACGUCCUCAAUGCCGCUGAAACAGAUCCCUCCAUGAUUGCGCGCUCCAAAUUUAAACGGGCGACCCCAAACAACAAUACAAUGGCCACAACUGCGUUUUACGAUCCGUGCCACAUUCGAUACCGACGCUUGUUUGGAGCUAGUAACAGUGACAAGACAAACGGAGCCAACAUUGAAAUGUUCUUGUGCCCCAUUGGACCAGGAAAGAGUCGCGUCAUGCUUUUUAACAGUUUUGAACGAUUCUUACAGCACAAUUUGGAGGCUGCAGUCCAAGAGAAAAAGAGCCUUUUCGGUCGAUGGAAACAACGCUUCAUUCACUCGCGCAUUCGCAACUACUUUCUGGGGGCUUCUGCCCGGGGACACCGCGAUCUCAAUGGCAUUUUUGAUGGGGAUGCCGUCUUUUUGAAUCAACAAGGAUUGCAAAUGGCUACAGAAGGCUUGAAGCCUUCGGGUUACUCUACGCCCUCGACUGCGGACGUGGCGGUCCGUUCCUUUCGACGAUGGCUUGAUGCGGCCAGUGCUGCCACCGACCGCACAGCAAUCAUACCGACCCACGCUGCCAAAAUGGCGGUCAAGUCUGUUGCGGGGCCUUUGAUAACGGAUCCGACAAGGGCGGAUCGAACCACCAUGCUAGACCGCUACAAUCAACACACAAAGAAUUGCAAGGUGUGCUCCGAAGCCUUGGCCGGAUUGCAACGACGACAAAAAGUGCUUGCCAGGCUAUCCUCGUUUCUGCUAGGUGUUUCAGGGAGUGCCGUGACGCUUGCGGUUUUUUCCGCGGUGUCCUCACUCGCAGGAAACCUGGCCAAGCGUUUCAGUUCAAUCCUUGCCAUCGCCUCAAUUUUAGCUUCCUGGUUGGUUCGCAGGCAUGCUGGAACUCUGUGUCAAAAGAUUCAAGAGUUUCACUAUGUAGGUUAUGAUCAUUCUACGAAGGACUACUAG